AAGGGGAAGAAGUCUUCGAAAAUUAGGUCUAAGGAGCAUAGGGAAAGGAAGAAGAAGUAUAUUUCAACACUUGAGUGAAAAAUUAAAAAAUUGUUGAAAGAAAAUCAAAAUUUGAAGCAAGAAAUCAAUAGGCUGAAGGGAUCAUUGGAUGAUAUUACUUCAAUGUUUUAGGUGAUAAAUUGAUGAACAAUCCUGAAGAAGUUAGGUACUCUGCUCUUGAGCAGAGUUAUCAACAGAUUUCUGAUUUCAGCGAUCAAAGAACUAAGUUUAUCAAGACUAGCUUUAAAAGUAAGUUAAUAAUAUUCCAGAAAUGCAAGUAAAUAUAAAAUUUAAGACUAAUUUAACCUUCUCUCACACUAACCCCAUCGCAAAACCCUUAGACAUCCUGGAUAGCUUAAUGAACCCCGAAAACAAAGCUUGGAGGGUGAGUUUCAAAAACUGCACUCCAACCCAACUCAAAAGAAAAUUCUGAUGCAAAUAAGCGGAUUCUCAAAUGUGUGAACAAGGACCAUCCUGAUUACAUAGAAAGCGUGCUUGCCGAGACUGACCUACCAAGUCCCCAGAUAGUACAGUUCAUUGAGGAAUAUGGAAAGGACAUACAGAGUUACAUGAAGAAGAUGGCCUCUUUAGCACAGAAGUUGGUCAAGAUUAGGAACGAGAUUUUAAACCUACAUCAGAAAGGAAGAGUUUGGUCUGAUUAUGAAGAGGUCGAAGGUGUUGUGUAUUCAAAAAAUGAUGCAUUGACAGGGAUAAAAAUGUAUAACAAGUUUAAAUCAACCAAAGCGUUUACUCCUCAUUAUAUCUGGGAUAUACCUCUAAAGACUCAUAAUAACGACCUUUACGAAGAUGGAGAGAUGACUGAAACCCCAAUUGAUCAAUAA